CUCGUUUCCCAAAUUUUCCAAUCACAGUGAUGGAUGCUGCUCUGUUUUCUCCUUCUUCCCUCUUCGGCGGCAACUCCUCUGAUGAAGAGAACACGGAGACCCAGCAAAAUGUGGAGAGGAGGCACCAGUUCCCUGGAAUGGAAUUGCUCAUCCAAGAAUUCUCUUUUCACCAGCUGAAUGCUAAUUUGCUUUGGCCUGGGACCUUUGCGUUUGCAGAAUGGCUUGCGCAACAUACAUCCUGGUUUAGAGGGCGUCGCAUAAUUGAGCUCGGCAGUGGAACUGGAGCUUUGGCCAUCUUCUUGAGAAAAUCAUUUCAACUUGAUAUUACAACGUCGGACUAUGAUGAUCCUGAUGUUGAAGAGAACAUAGCACAUAAUUGUCGGGCGAACGGCGUUUCACCAGCCCUUCCUCACAUAAGGCAUUCAUGGGGAGAUGUUUUUCCGAUAGCUGAUCCAGACUGGGACCUCAUAAUAGCAAGUGAUAUCCUACUAUAUGUGAAACAAUAUGAGAACUUGGUAAAGACCCUAUGCUUUCUCUUGAAAUCCUACAAGCCAAAAGUUAAUGAAACAGGUUCUGGAACUAACGAAGAAAAGGAUACAUGCUCAUUGCCUCGGCCAGCUUUCUUAAUGAGCUGGAGGCGCAGGAUAGGGAAGGAAGACGAGUCACUCUUUUUCACAGGAUGUGAAAAGACCGGUCUUGAAGUAAAUCAUUUGGGAUCCCGUGUGUAUUGCAUUAAGCUCGAAGAACCGAGUGCCAUUGAAGCAGUAUAAGAUAAUUCAAUGAAUUUUAAGAGCGAUGGAACUGAGUUUAGCUUUAUGCUUGGUUCUGUGGAUACUUUCUUCUAAAGCUGGCUAACCCCAUCGUGAGGGCACAGGGGUCUAUACCCUUCGCCAUAUCUUCAUGUUUCCGUUAGAUGGGGCUCGCGCAUGUUCUGCAAUACCCCUUUUUAUGGGUGGUGUAUGGGGAUUUUGUUUGUUCUUCUCGGGACACGUGAAGCCACCUGGUAUAGAGGUAAGUCCCCUUACGACAUGUAACGCACAGCCCGAUAUGGCUCAUUUGAUGUUUCCGGGUUGUUGCUUGUUGGAAGUAUUGUUAUUCUAAUGUAUCUUAUGCAGAUCUUUUCAUGCAUUUUUUCUCCA